GAUGGUAGAGAGACAUUAAGCCGUCAUUGCUUUCACUGUGUAGUAAAGCUCCAUUAAGCUACCUGCGGGCACAACACACACGUGCACGCACACACACGCACGCACGCACGCACACACAGUGUAACACUGAAAGACUCGCGCACGCGCACGUGUAUGCGCACGCGUUUUUCAGCGUUACAUUGAGUGUGUGUGUGAUCUUCCACCUUUCAGCGCUUUGCAUUUUUACCUGCAGUGGACAUCACGCAUUGUCACGCGUGCACGCGCAUCAUCGCCUCGCACGCUCGCGCACGCACGUUCGCAGCAGCAGCAGCACCGAGGGAGCGAUCAAUACGCUAAAAGCCCGGAGAGGAUUUUUAACCGGAGCGGAGAAAAGACGCGUCGCGCGGGGCUGAGAGAGAGAACCGGAGGAAAACGGCAGGAAUAAUGAAGCUCGGCCGCCAUGUCUAAAGCGACGGUGAAGAAGCUGCACUGGCGCUCCAAGGUGCAGGAGAGCUUCGUCCCGCUGGGGGGGGGCUCAGGAGAGCUGGGUCUGGCCAUCGGGGGCGGGGCCGACUACGGCGAGUUCCCGUUUGUCACGGCAGCCCCCGGGGGCGGGGCCACGGUGGGCGACAUCAUCUUGGAGAUCGGGGGGACGCCCGUGUUAGGGAUGACCCUCGGUGAUGUCAGAGGAGUCCUCAACUCCUGUCCUCAUCCAAUCAGAAUCAAGACGGUCUCACCAGGCUCUUCCCUCUGUAAGGACCUCAGGUUGUACCUCAGCAAGUGUUUCACUCCAGGCUCCAUGGACAGUCAGCUGCAGCAGCUCAUCAGAGAGAACCUGUACCUGCGUGCUGUUCCCUGUACGACCAGGCAGCCUCGGGACGGGGAGAUCUCAGGUGUGGACUACAACUUUGUGUCCAUUGAGGAGUUUUUCUCUCUGGAGGAGUCUGGAGCUCUGCUGGAGAGCGGCAAGUUCAAAGGGAACUACUACGGGACACCCCGCCCCGUCCACAUCGGUCCGGAGAGUCCACCAAUCACGUACCAGGAGCAUCGAAACCUGCUGAGGAACUUCAGGACGAGGAGCAAGUCUCUGAGCAACCUGGAGAAAGCUGUGGAGGAGGGGGACAACAGUGAGGAGGACAGUGGACUGUCAGCAGGUUCAGCCGGAGCCCCGCCCACCAUCCUGCCUCUCAGCAAAUCAUGGGAGUCGGCGGUGGGGAGUCGGGAGGGACUGGAGAAUGGAGUAGGAGUAAGAGGAGUGGGGAGAGGAAGAGGAGUAGGAGGAGCAGGAGGAGGAGGAGCAGGAGGUCCACUGCCUGAAAACUGGGAGCUGGCCUACAGUGAUUCAGGAGAGCCGUAUUACAUCGAUCAUAACUCAAAGACGACCAGCUGGCUGGAUCCUCGAACUCAGAACAAAGAAACGACUUCCUGUACAGAGCUCCCAGAGUUCACGGAGCAGCCCAGUCAGUUGAAGGGAUACUCCAUUCACACUCGACUCUCUAAGGGUCCUCGAGGUUUCGGCUUUAACAUUGUUGGAGGAAGUCGACCCAGAGAGUUUCUCCAGGUUUACAGUGUCACACCUGGAGGACCACCUGCUCUCAAUACGGCCGACAUCCUGGUCUACAUCAACGACAGCUGCGUGCUGGGUCGCUCUCAUAAAGAGGUGGUGGAGAUGCUGAAGUCGGUGCCGAUGGGUCAGAGUGUGGACGUGGUGCUGAGGAGAGGAUACCCGAUGCUCUACAACCCUGACGGGUGUCCCAAACAGAGUCUGGAGACGCCGCAGACCCCCAGCGAGCCCUCCAACCCCCCCACCCUGAACCGAGGCCUGACACACCUCACCUACAGCUGCACGCUGGACACCAACGGCAGCAUGCCAGGACUAGGCCAAACCCCGCCCUCAUACGCUGCUCAGCCAAUGACGAACGGGCUGACAGGCCCACCAACCCCCACUUCCUCUGACCCCCCACUGGGUCCCCCGCCCCCACCAGACAGGACAGCAGCCAAUCACAGUGACUCUGAUGGCGGUCUCUCUAACGCUGGAACUCGCAGGUCUUCCCUGAUUCGCUACAACAGCAGCACUCUCCCCGCCCUCUCCUCCUCCUCCCUCCUCCACCAUCAGAGCUCCAAGUCCUCAGAGAGCGAUCUGUCUACGUCCACGCUGCCCAUAUCCUCCUCCACACUCCCCAUCACAUCCUCGUCCUCCCACACUCUGUCCAAACUGCCCCUGUCUCAGCCGGAGACGGGCCUCCACCAGAACUCCACGAGCCCCACCAGCGCUAACAACCCCCCCCCUUCCUCCACACCUCCUGGAGCUCCUGUGCAGCGCCCGCCGAUGCCCCAGACCUCCCUCGCCCUAACCCCACCUAGAGACAUCCCACCCUGCGGUUUUAAUGGGUGUCCAGCCAGUCACCAAGCGCCCUCCCCAGCCUCCCGAGGAAACCCAGGACUAGUGCUCCCCCUUGGGGCAGGGUCGCCAGCGUCAGGCCCUGGUGGGGAGCUUGUGCCGGUGGCCCUUGGACGCAGUGAGGGUGGGGGGUUGGGGUUCAGUGUGAUGGCGGGGGGCCAAGGGGGUCAGCUGGCAGUAGUGAGGCGGGUCUGGGAUCGAAGGCAGUGCCCCUCCCUGCAGCCAGGCGACGCUAUAGUGAAGAUCAACGGAGCAGACGUCCAGAGCCUCAGCUUCUCCCAGGUCCAGAGAGUCCUGCAGGAUCACACCAAACAGGGAGAGGUGGUGCUGCUGGUCUACAGAGGAGGUCCUGCCUCCUCUCCGGUCGUCACCCCCAACGUCUACAAGCCCCUCCCCUCCCCUCACAGCGGGGCCACCCCCACUUCCUCCCACCCCCCCACGUCAGCUGACUUGCCUUCCUCAUCCACGGGUGCCUUGGUGGGGGGCGUUCCCCUGCUCAGCCAGGCUGGCUUGGCCCUUGAGAGUCCCCAGGAGGGCCACCCACUGGCCUCAGGGACCCACCAAGGGGCCCCUCCUGCCCAGACACCUAACGGGCCUCCGCCCUCGGCCCUCAUCCAGAGCACCAGCUUCCUGGAUUCGGUUCCUGUAACUCUGAUGUUAGAGCCACGUGAUCUGCUGGGAGUAGAGGAGAGCGCCGGUGGCCCUCCUCCAAACAGAGGGGGAGGAGCCCUGGGAGCAAUCGCCAAGGAUGGGAGGGGAGGGGGGAAGGCAGUGGAGGUGGAGCUCAGGAGGCGGCCGGGUGAAGGCUUUGGAUUCGUCAUCGCCUCUCAGGAAGUGACCAAUGGCGCCCCCUCCCUGAUGUCUCACCGGUUCGUGACGGUGCGGCGCGGCAGCCCGGCGGCUCGAAGCGGGCAGAUUCAGCCCGGAGACCAGCUGGAGGCAGUGGAGGCUCGGCCGGUCGGAGGUCUGCAGCACCGAGACCUGGCCCAGAUCCUGAGGAGGGCCGGGAACACCCUGAGACUGAGCAUCACACCCAGACACCACUCCUCCGGUCUGUCAGAAGGAGCAGACCUGGACAUUGAUGGCCGACUGAUGAAAGGAUCCAGAGGGAGGUCAAAGGAUGAGUCCAGGUUCUACAGUGUGGAUCUGGAGCGAGGUCCUACAGGUUUCGGUUUCUCUCUGAGGGGGGGCAGUGAGUACAACAUGGGACUGUAUGUACUGGGACUGAUGGAGGGGGGGCCGGCCCAACGCAGCAACAAGAUACAGGUGUCUGAUCAGCUGGUGGAGAUCAAUGGAGACAGCACAACAGGAAUGACUCACAGUCAGGCUGUGGAGCAGAUCAGAAGAGGAGGACAUCGAAUCCACCUCGUCCUCAAGAAGGGGAACGGAUACGUACCCGACUAUGGCCCUGAGGAAGGAGCCCUCUCCCCCUCCCCCUCUUCACACACAGAGGAGCAAGAUGUGGAUACGAUUACCAUGACAACUGCCUCCCUCAGCCAGCAGAAGAGAGGAGGAGGUGGUACAGGAGGAGGAGAAGGAGGAGGAGAGAGGAGGAGGAGGAGAGAGGGAGAAACCAAACGAAGAACAGGAGGAGGAAGAGGAGGAGGAGGGUUAGGGCCUCCUGAUCUGGACCUGGACCUUGUGGAGGAGGAGGCACGGGAGGAGGAGAGGAAAAGGGAAGAGGAGGAGGAGGAGAGGAGGAGGGAAGAGGGGGAGGAGGAGAGGAGGAGGGAAGAGGAGAGAAAGCGGCAAGAGGAAGAGGCAAAGAAUGAGAGUAGAAGGAGGGAGGAAGAAGAGGAGAGGAGGAGGAGGAGAAGUCAGACUGUCAGACACAAGAAGCGGGAUGAUCAGAGGGAGCAGGGGAGGAAGAGCCGGAGCUUACCCAGGAACGGUGCUCAAUCCUGGGACACGUCGCUGCCAGAGGAAGGGGUGGAGGAGUUCGGAGCGAGGGAGAGGAGGAGAAGUGAGACGAAGAGCAGGAGGAAGGAGAAAGAGGCCACCAGAAAGGAGGAGGAGGAGAGAGAGGACAGAGACGACAGCGCCACCAGCCACGCAAAGCAUUCUGGGAGCACCGGUGCAGCUCAGAGAGCAGUGUUUUCCUUCCUCAUGCCGAUGGACGAUGAUGACGACGAACGCCAGCACCAGUCCGACAGCGAAUCAGCAACCAGUUACUCAGAAGUCAGCCUAUCAGCUGCCAGCAUUGCCACGACGGGGUGGAGGGAGGAGUCUUUCUGGAGGAGAGGCGAGUCACCAGGGCGACAGGGGAACACCCCGGGCCCCUGGCUGAAGCCCAGCCCGCAGAGACUGACACAGGUUCUGAUUGGCAGUCGGCUCGGUGGGCGGGAACUAGCAGCCGGGCUCUCUCUCUGAUUGGCCAGCAGUGAGGACGAUCUCUUUUUUCACGGAAUUCUUUUUUCUUUUCUUUUUUUAAUUGGCUACUUAUAAGGGCUUUCUUUGAUUGGCCUGCUGAGAGAUAAAACCCCGCCUCUUCCUGCAUCUUAUUGGAUGAUAACAGGCAAUUCUAUUUCUGAUUGAAAGAUGAGACGCAAGAAGACAAGGACUUUUUUCUGAUUGGCCAGGUGGGUUUUGUGGCCUCUGAUUGGCCAGUGACAUAACAGCUGCACACAGAGCCGCCAGUUUUACUGUCAUUAUACCCAUCAUCCCUCAGUGCGUCCUAAGACCUGUAUCAUGAGGUCAGUUCUCAGCUCUCUUUGGGAUGAACUCAGACUGUGGUGUCAUGAAGCUGGUGCAGUUUUAACUGGGGUAGAGCAGCAUGGUAACUGGAGUAGAUCACCAUGGUAACUGGAGUAGAUCACCAUGGUAACCGUGGUACAUCAAAUAGUAACUGGAGUAGAUGAAAUGCGGCCUGUCUCCAGACCAGAUUAACUUGAGCAAUCAGAUCACUGGAGAAAGCUGAGUCAUCAUUCCUAUUGGACAAUGACAAAAGUACAAAGUUUUUAAUAAAGUGAUGUGUCAUAGAGAACAACAGAUAUUUUUAUAGGUCAGUGGAAUCUCUUUGAAUCCCAAGAUAAUUAUGUGAGAUGAAAGAAUAAUUUUUCAGCUGUGAAGAAGACCUCCACUCUUCAUCAGCUUCAUGACACCACUCAUUAUCAGGAUCACUGAGUCCAGCCUCGGUGAGGUCUGGAGACCCAAACAGAGCCAGACUGAGCUGAUACAGGAUCCUGGUGUACGUCACCUUCAUCAUCCUCAUCUGCAUCUUUCUAACUUUAAAUCGUAUGCAAACAACAUGUGGACCUUCACCAGGAUGAAGGCUCUGUUUGUGAUUCUCUCUCUCUGUGUAAUCUGAGCAUGUGAAUAUCACUGGAAUGAUUUUUUAUUUUUAUAAAGCUGAACAUGUAAAGGCUCAAUGACACUAUUAUUAUUAUUAUUACUACUAUUAUUACUAUUAUUAGAGAUUAAAUAGGACCAGAGAUGAUCUGAUUUGCCUGCUUGCUUGUAAAAAAGAAAAAAGAAAAACUUGAUGUAACAGAGCCAUACACACACAGACACACACACACACACACACACACGUCAGGUCCAGCUGUGGUCCUGUUGGCUUUCAAUAAACAUAAACAUUGCCAUGGAAACACGGUCAUCAGGAUGGAUGACCCGUUUCUAUAGCAACAGCCACGGUGGAGCAGGACCUUGUGGCCAACAUGGCAGACGACCUGCAGCUCUGGAUCAUAACAAGUGCCUCAUUUUAUUUUCAGCCUUCGUCCUGCAAACUGAGACAGAGGCUGCAGAGACGCCACCACACACCACCACCUGUCUGUCCCCCACCUGUCCCCCACCCCACCCCUCCAUGUCCCCUCUGAGCUGAGCCCAGUUUGUGCCUCAUUGUUUUUCUCUGAGUUGAAGAUCAGUUCUCGUCUCAGAGUCAGAGACGAAACAAACAGCAUCAAUAAAACCAAAACAAGCCUCAUGUCGUCUGGACAUGUCUCCA